GAAAGUGUAACUACUGCUUUCUCAAUUUCUGCUAUCUCAACAAAAUCGUCUUGUUCUUCGUAAUCACGGUGUUUUAACUUGGAAGAACAGCACAUCAGAGAGCAGACGGAAGUCGCAUCAUGUCGGAUGACUCGGAUGUGACCCUUGACCCUGACCAGGAUUCUGAUAGGACCGUUGGACCAAGUGAUGAGGAAGAAGACGGUGCAUCCAAUGCCGUGACGUCUGCCUCCAAGCCUGACGUCUGCUCAUUAAAGCAACCACUUCAAAAGAGAAAGUCCUUACCGUAUCAGUUCAAGAAAACGAGCAGUAGUGUUCAUACGAUAUCAGACAGUGGAAGUGAUGAGGAACCUCCGCGUAAAGCGACAUCAGCAUCAAGACCCUCUCAAAACCUAAAGCCCUCUCCAAAGCCAAAACUCUCUCCUAAGUCAAGUAGCAGUUCCAGACAAAGUUACAGCUCAAAUAGGUCGUUGCUUCUGAUAUCGGACAGUGUCGAUGAAUCUCCAAGAAAAUCUGACGGGAAGAAACCUAUAUCAACAAACAAGUCAACGCUCUCUCCAAAACAAAGUGUUGCUAAGAAGUCUAUUCAAUUGGUUUCUGACAGUGAUAGUGAUGACACCAAACGAAAUGCCCCAGAGAAAUCUUCAAAGAGGAGUCUAUCUCUUGCUAAGAAACCGCCCAGUGGAGAUGACGUCAGGAAUUCGCUGCGAGGAGCUAGACCAAGUCCCGCUAAAAAACAGGACAGUGGUGGUACGUCUAAGAACACACUGAGUAAGACAAACUCGACCCCAAAACAAGACAGUAGAAAUCGAUCCAAUAUCUCGAUUCCAAUUCCCGGAUCUUCCAAGAGAGCAAGAGAGGUUGAUGUGCCAUUGUCCUCAAGUCAGGUCGACCCCAGGCCAGUGUGUCCUUAUGGUGACAAAUGUUAUCGGAAGAAUCCAGAGCAUAGGAAAGAGUUCAGACAUAUUGAUAGUGUAAGGGCAUCCCCUCCUCCAAAGAAGAAACCAAAAAUCGAUGUCCCAAAUAUGGAUGUGACUGAAAAGUACAAGAACGGCCGACCAUUUAACUUUUUCCUGACCACAGUCCAUGGAAUAGAAAAAGAAUACAAUGCUAAACUCGCUUUUGGAAUUAAAGACAUCCUCUCACCUAAGAUGGGAUCAUUAGAAGCUUCAGUUCAGUUCAACUACAUGACGGACAUUCCGUGGCUGGUGCAACAAUAUCCUGCAGAGUUCCGCACUAAACCUCUCCUCAUAGUCCAUGGUGAACAGAGGCAGAGUAAGGCUGCCAUCGACCUCGAAGCGUCCAGGUUCUCACAUAUCAAGCUCUGUCAGGCAAAGCUGGAGAUUAUGUAUGGAACACAUCACACGAAGAUGAUGCUCCUACUCUAUAAGGAAGGCCUACGAGUUGUCAUUCACACGUCUAAUCUGAUACAGCAAGAUUGGCAUCAGAAGACUCAAGGUAUUUGGAUCUCCCCGCUCUUCCCCAAGCUGUCUAACCCAUCUGACAAAGGAGACUCCAUUACCAUGUUCAAACAUGAUUUGCUGCAGUACCUAGGAGCUUACGGCUCCAACAGACUAACUGAGUGGGAGAAGCACAUUCGGGAACAUGACAUGUCGAAAGCAAAGGUAUACAUCAUUGGUUCUAUCCCCGGCAGACAUCGAGGAGAUGCUAAAUCAAGAUACGGUCAUUUGAAGCUAAGACAGGUGCUACAACGGAAGGGCCCACAGUCUAGAGAUGUUCAUGGGUGGCCAGUGGUUGGUCAGUUCUCUAGUAUAGGCUCUAUGGGUGCCAACAAAGAGAAUUGGUUGUGUGGCGAGUGGUUACAGAGCCUUGGAGCUGGGCAGGGCGAUUCAACAGGUCUAGGCCACCCAAAGCUGCAACUGAUCUACCCAAGCAAGGACAAUGUGAGGCUAAGCCUUGAAGGCUACCCUGCUGGUGGUUCCCUCCCUUACAGUAUCAAGACUGCCCAAAAACAAACAUUCCUCCAUGCUUUCUUCCAUGUCUGGAAAUCUGCUGUGCGAGGUCGAAGCCAGGCAUCCCCUCACAUCAAGACGUACAGUCGGAUGUCACCCAAUGGGGAUGACCUGGCGUGGUUCCUGGUGACCAGUGCCAAUCUUUCCAAGGCAGCGUGGGGUGCACUGGAGAAGAGUGGCUCGCAGCUGAUGAUCAGAUCAUAUGAACUGGGGGUACUGUUUCUUCCAGAUCACUUUGGUGACAAAACGUUCAAGACUUUGAAAAAUGUUGACGACUACUUUCCCGGGAGUAGCACGUUCCCCGUUCCCUAUGACCUGCCUCCUCAGCCUUACACAAGACAAGACAAACCGUGGAUCUGGGACAUUCCGUACACUGACCUGCCAGACACCAACGGAAAUGCCUGGUGUCCCCCCUCGUGACACCUUAAGAGACUUGCUCCAACACGGAGCACGCAUAAUCAGUUUAAUAACGAUUGGACUUUUGGGAUAAUACUAAUACACUGCCAGGUGAAGCAGAUUUUUGGUGCUGUUCGAUUCGUUGUGUGAUGUGAUUUCGUGGUUUGACUGUAAUGUGAGGGUGUUUGAUACUCAAAGACUCUUUGCAAGACAUCAAUCAAUAGUGUGUAGUCAUUUCAAUGAAGUGCAGUGACUUUAAUUCAACAAGCCAAUAUGGAUGCAUCCUUUGAUAAAGUGUGCCUUGACAUGAAUUGGGCCCAGGUGCUCAAUCAGCCUAAGAGAUCAACGCCAGCAUUAAGCUAAAGUAGACGUUAUCUCCUUCAAUGAAUUUCAUUUACAAUAGUAGCAUUAGGACUUAAUGCUAAUGUUACUGCUGAUAACGAUCGAGCAACUGGACCCUGCAAUUUAUAUUGACCAAAUCAACAUGCUGUUAUGAAUGUGCAAAUGUAUCAUGCAGGAUUCUGUACGUGAAUUUGUUUUGAAAAUCAUAUACAUCUGUUAUUAAAUGUU